CCGGACAGAAUCGUCGUUGUCGAGUGUCCACUAGAGCCAGACACUGCAUACAAUACAAUACAAACACUCUCCCCAACCCCCGUAUUUGCAGCACAAUCCCCUCACGUAAUCGCCUCCGCCCACCGGACCACCAUUUGCUGUCAGCCUCCUUUCUUAUCAAUACCAAUCGAUCACGGUUUCGCUCCGUUUUUGUGAUUCAUCGGAUUUCGCUGUGGAUUUGUCUGAUCCUCUAAUUUUCAGUUCCCCAAUUUCUAGGGUUACUGUGUGUUUCGGUGCGUGGAUUCGAGAAUCGCGCCGUGGCUCGCGAAUGAAGGUUCAUCCGGCGCCAGGGAAAUGCAACAUCGCGCGGCGGUACGGCGUCGCGGCGGUGGCGAACACCUGCCGCCAGAGGAAACUCCGCCGUCUCCCGCACAUAUUCGCCAAGGUUCUGGAGCUUCCGUUCGAUUCCGAAGCGGACGUUUCCGUCAUCGAAACGGCCGAUUCCUUGAUAUUUACGGUCGCCACGGGCGAUAUGAGCGGCGAUGUUAGGGCGGAUGCGGUGGAGAUCUACCCUGGGGUUACGAAGAUUGUGGUUAGGGGAAGCGAUGUGGUUGAUUUGUCGGGGAUGGAAUUGGAGCUCGAUUUGUGGCGGUUUAGGCUGCCGGAUUUGAUGCGUCCGGAGCUCGCCUCGGCUGCGUACGAAGACGGCGAGCUGGUGGUCACGGUGCCCAAGGGGCCGACCGAAGUGGAGGAGGACGACGCCGGCGGGGAAGACGACGACAUUGGGGGCGGGAAUUUUGUGCUUGUACAGUAAAACAGCAAUUCCUGUGCCUCUCUUUGCUUCAGUUUCUCUGUUGGCUUUCUUUAGUUUCAGGGAUGAAAGGGUUAAGGAUACAGCUGAAGAAGAAGGGAGAUGCAGUUUGAAAAGGUUUGAGUUAGUUUAUCAGAUUCUUCUUCAUUUUCACAUGCUCUUGUUUCUGUAGAUGUUGUCGAAUGCAUGCAUACAUAGGGAUAUAAUCAAUCAUUUGUUGUAUAUAUAUAUGGCUACUUCAAGUCCCAAUUCCUAGAGAUCAAUUUGAUCCACUUAAUUUGGCAAUUCUUUUGAACAAUGCUGGAAGGGUUGCAAAGUUUUCAAUGGAUAGCAUAGAUAUAGGAGAAAACUACAGUCUUCUUGGCUGUGAUAUUAUUCCAGGCAUUUAAUUUACUGUAGUAGAAAUUUUUAGACGAUUCUUUUCGGGGAUAAUCAUAGCUGGAGGGAGUUAUCAGAGCUGAAAAGGAAAUCAAUAAAUCGGUCUACAUAAAAGAUUUGAUUUUUAUUAUGCCAAAAGGGUCCAAUAUCAUCUCAGUGGCUGCUGUUUUGAUGUCUACUAUUUUGAGGUGUGCAUUUAUGCAGUAAUUUGUUGUAUUUGUCUUUCUUUUAACGUUUGGUUCGAAACAGCCUCUCUUACAUUCAAUCAUUCAUCAAAUUGUCUGAGCUGAACCAUAGUAUGUGUUUCCCUUGUGUCAUUAUUGCUGAUUCUUAUUGGCUUUUUGUAAAAUUCUUAAAGCAGGGAAGCUUUAUAAAAUUUCAUGGCCGCCAUUGUUUUAACUUGCAUGGGAAAAGAGCCCUUAAAACAGAUGAUUACAAAAACUGAUUAUCAUCACUGAUUGUGUAGUCCGGUCCUAGGGAGCUGUUAUCAUUGUCGUGUAUCCGGAAUGGGUUGAACCACUAGGACCACUCUUGCGCAACUAUGCUACCAUUUUUACAGGUAAGAAAUUUUCCUAAUCUUCGAUAAACGUAUAUACACAUGUCGUCGCCGUGAAAGUCAUUUUCUUUCACUGUCCAAGGAAGGUUGGAUGGCUGUAAAAUAAGGUGUGGGGCAAUGAGCAAGUUCUUGUGGGUUUGUAUGA